CGGUGAUUUUUACAUUUUUUUUUAAUGAUGUGUGCUCUGUGUCUGGAGGUCACAGUUUAUUCCUCUUUUAUUGUUCACUUCUCCGCUGCAGUCUCCUGUUUGGGCAGACUGCAGCAGCAGAUCUCAGCUCCAUUACUAGCUACCCCAGCCUCGGGCUAUAAACUAAUUCAAAUGAACACUACAGUGCACAUUUUGACAUAACCCGUGUGAACGGUGGUGUUCAGAUCAUGGCCUGUUUGGUGCCUGUCGGCUGAUUUCCACCACAUUUCCUUCCGCAUUUUCCUGCUGCUCUCGGGCUGUGACGUGUCGUGCUGACGGCGGCCUCGGAGCUGGAGGAGCGGGGGGCUGUAGCAUGACAAGAUCUGGCUCCAGACGUCCUGCUUCGCUUUCAGCGGUGCUCCAGAAACAACCCAUAACCCCUCCUUCUCUGCUCCUCUCCGGCCCGCCCAAAUAACACGAAAUUCCCGACUGAAUCCUGCCCGAGUCUGGGGGAACCAGGCGGCCUGGAAGCCGAGCAGCGGACAGAGGCCAUCCUUGCAGCAUAAAUCUGCUCUCCAGUAACAAAUGCAGUGCGAGGACAAUGGAUGAGGAUGUCACCAGGCUUGCAAUACAUUCUGAAGAGCCUAAAAUAAUAUUACACGGAUCGGAUGAGGGUGGUGCCGGCGGGCAGGAGUUUGUUGUGGAGCUACAAGAGACUGUGUUGGUGUCAGAAGGAGAGGGGGAAGCCAUGGCAGUUCACAGGUUUGCCCCAGACGAGCUAGUCAUCCAGGAUGCUGUUGAGGAUGUGGUUUCUGAGUAUGUGCACUGCGAUGAAGAUGAAGAUGUCGCUGUAGAAACCUGCGUGAUGGCUCUCGAUGGCGAGGAGGAAGGCGUUGCCAUGGGAGACAUUCCUGAAGAUGGACUGGACCCAGAACACCAGGACGAUGACCAAGAUGGCUGUGGAGAUUAUCUAAUGAUAUCCUUGGAUGAAGCUGGUAAAAUGGUGUCCGAGGAUGGUACAGAGGUAACAGUGGAGGGAGCUGUGGAGGACCAGGAAGUAGAGAAAGAUGAGGAUGGACAAGAGGUGAUAAAGGUGUACAUCUUCAAGGCUGAUUCUGGGGAGGAUGACAUGGGAGAAUCUGUUGACAUCAGUGAUGGAGACACAGAGAGCGUGGCUUUAACCGAGUCUUCUGGCCAAACACUCAGAGAGAAGAUGGUUUACAUGUCUGUUGGGGAUUCUCAUCACAAUCAAGGAAACCACGGUGGGUCGAAGGUGACUGAUGAGGUUUAUAUGGAGGUGGUGGUAGGAGGUGAAGAGCCAGUAACUCACGACCGCUCGUAUGACAGCGUGUCUCUAAGCAAGGACUUCAUGCCUGUGGCCUGGGCAGCUGCUUAUGGUGCAGAAGAUAGUGAGAGUUGUGAAAACCGAAACGGUGCUGCCAGCGCAUUGCUUCACAUCGAUGAAUCAGAUGGGGUUGAUGAGAUCAAUAGACAGCGCAACAAGAACAGGAGGAGGUCAGAGCCUCGACAGGUCCAGACAGCCAUCAUCAUCGGUCCAUACGGUCAACCGCUGACAGUUUACCCCUGCAUGCUUUGUGGUAAAAAGUUCAAGUCACGAGGCUUCCUGAAACGCCACACUAAGAAUCAUCACCAGGAUGUCCUGACCAGGAAAAAGUACCAAUGUACAGACUGUGACUUCACCACCAACAAGAAAGCAAGCCUCCAUAACCACAUGGAGGUGCACGCUCUGAGCAGCAAAGCCCCUUUUGAGUGCGAAAUCUGUGGCAAGGAGUUCCACCAGCAGGCAGCGCUGUUCUCUCACAGACUCCAGCACCACCACCGGGAGCCCAAGAGCCAGCCACCUCCACCGCCCACCAAGAUGCAUAAGUGCAAGUUCUGUGACUAUGAAACUGCUGAGCAAGGACUGCUCAAUCGACACUUGUUGGCCGUUCACAGUAAAAGCUUCCCCCACAUCUGUGUGGAAUGUGGAAAAGGCUUUCGACAUCCUUCAGAGUUGAAGAAACACAUGCGCACUCACACUGGCGAGAAGCCUUACUCAUGCCUGUACUGUGACUACAAGUCAGCUGAUUCUUCUAAUCUGAAAACACACAUCAAGACUAAGCAUAGUAAAGAGAUGCCAUACAAAUGUGAGCGCUGUUUUCAGACCUUUGCAGAGGAGGAGGAGUUAAUGCAGCACGGACUAACGCACGAGGAGAAUAAAACCCACCAUUGUGCCCACUGUGAUCACAAAAGUUCCAACUCCAGUGACCUGAAACGCCAUAUCAUAUCUGUUCAUACCAAGGACUAUCCUCACAAAUGCGCCGUCUGUGGGAAAGGUUUCCAUCGGCCGUCUGAACUGAAGAAGCACUCGGUGUCCCACCGCACCAAGAAACUCCAUCAGUGCCGGCACUGCAACUUUAAAAUUGCAGACCCCUUUGUUCUCAGUCGCCACAUCUUGUCUGUCCACACAAAGGAGCAACAGGCCUCACCUGAAAAGAGUGAGACAAAGAGGACAGAGACGCACACUCCUGUUGUGACACCUAAAAAGUCUGCACCUAGUGGAUCGAGUAGCACUAGUGGGCCUGCUAGAGUCAGUGCAGCCAGCUUAGCCAGCAGCGUGACUGUAGUUAUUGGCAAAGGACAAAAAGAGAGGAGAAUUUACCAGUGCCAGUACUGUGAUUACAGCACAGGAGACGCGUCGGGUUUCAAGAGACACGUGAUUUCCAUUCACACAAAAGACUAUCCACACCGCUGCGAGAUCUGUUCGAAAGGCUUCCGACGACCCUCGGAGAAAAACCAGCAUAUCAUGCGUCACCACAAGGACGUGGUGCAGGCAGAGUGACUCUGACCGAGCCAAAUACUGUGCCACAAUAAAGAACAAUGUUGAAGCGUCCAUCACACCCCAAUCACUGCACCCUCUGCAUUCACACUGAAAUAGUGUGGUAUGUGCCGCACUUAGUCCAUUCUGUUUUUUUGCUCUUUUUAAUCCUCAGCGGAAUGUUUGUUCAGAAAUGAAUUCACGAUGUACAUAACAUUAACCGUCAGCGUUGGCAGCCGAGUCCCUCUGUAGACUUGCACUUUUAACUGCAUGUCCCUUUGCUGGUGACAGUGUGCAUGGCAGAUUGUGCAGAAGUCUCUUUGUAGAUACACACUUUAGAUUUUUGCAGGUAGCAAUCAAUCCUCAAUCACAAUGGUCCUAAUAAUUAUCUGUCUUACAACUGAUUUGUGAUUUUUCAAAGCAUUUGCGUCAUUUUGUUAAAUCAUACUUAAACAGCAGUAUGGUUUAGCGGCCUCUAUCCAGUAGCACUUGGUUAAAUUGUGUGUCUGUGUGAGCAAGAGUGUUGGGGACAAAAAAAAAAAGAUGAACUGUUGUGCUUCCUGGUGCUCUGACCCCACACCACUCUGUAACAUAAUACUUUUUGUUGUGUUUACAAAAACACAAGGACGGCUGUGUGCAGAGAAAAGAGCAGUCACCCUGAGCUUCAUCUGCAAGAGAGGAACAAACUCAAAAUGCACCAUUAAAUUAAAAAAAAGUGGCUGUGUCAUGGUAGUGAAUAUCAGUUCACGUAUUCACAUAAGUGGUGAUGCGAUCAUCAGCCCCAUCGCUUGAGUAUCACAUGUCCGAUAUUUCUGUUUUGAGUCAGUAAGUGUACCAUAAGUUGCUCAGAACAAGUACUUCAAGCAGUGGAGAUUAAGCUCUGACUGGCAGUAUUUUUAAUCCAUCAAUGCUACUUUGAAAUCAGUUAAUUUGAUCAAAUGAAUAGGUUCAAACAGAUGUUAUCUUUUCUCUAAAGAAACGUUCUGAUCUUAGAAUGCAAUCUAUAAGCAUCAUUAUGAUCCUAAUUGUAGACUAGGUUUAAAAUAAUGAACGCAUCAAUUUAACCAUCUGGUCUAAAUGGAAAUCACACAGUGUAUCCGGUGCUGCUGUUAUUGAACUAUGGACAAACUCUUGGUUUUUGCCAACAGAGGUGUACUUUUACCAGUAGAAAGGGAAAACGUAUAUCUUUUUAGAUGCAACUUCAGAAGACAGAUGCUGGUGGCGUGUAUGUACUAUGGCUUUUUACUUUUUUUUUUAUCACCUGUGAUUAUUUCUGUUUUUAUAUUUAUUUCAUUUACAAGUUGUUGUAUAGUUAAGUGUAACUAGACUUCUAUGGGACGUAAAUUAUUGUUUUGUAUACAAAUCUGUACAAAGCGUGUAGAUGUAAACACUUGAUAAAAUGGAAAUCUCAGCUGUGUUGUUAUGGAUGUACCUCAACGUUAUUUGUUAAAAAAAGAUAAUAAAGCAAACUAUUUUA